AUGACCAAAUCCAGUCGUCCGUUGGCGAUUCCGCCGCAUGUCAAAGACAUUAACUCACCCCGGACCGAUGAGAUUCUCUCCGAGUCGAUGAUGACCCCCGCAUCGAGCUCCACGGGAUGGGCAAACGACGAUGUCACUUCUACGAGCAUAGCUGGGCGUGGUGUUGGUUUGAAGAGGCUGGAGACAGAUAUCCCCAACGAAGUCGACAGCCCGGACAUUUCACCCCCUCUCGCGGAGGAAGCAGACGAUGAACGAGAGGGAGACAGCAAUGGCCUGGACAGUUCAGACGAUGAACGAUAUCGGGAUAAUCCGGGGCGUGAUGUGGAGGACGACCUGGAGCUUGCGUCGUACUCGUUGAAUUCGUUCACAGCUGAAGAGGAGAGACAGGUGGUCAGGAAGUUCGAUAGGCGAUUGACCAUGUUUCUGGCCUUUCUGUACAUGCUUUCGUUCCUCGACCGGUCCAAUAUUGGAAAUGCACGAAUUGCAGGGCUGAUGGACGACCUGAACCUCUCAUCCGGCCAGUACGAAUGGGUCCUUACGGCGUUCUACAUCACCUACAUCUGCUUUGAAUGGAUGACCCUGAUGUACAAGAUCCUCCCCGCGCAUAUAUACAUUCCCGUCUGUGUCUUUUCAUGGGGAAUCCUUGCCUCGAUGCAGUGCCUGGUCACAUCCUUCUCGCAGCUUAUCCUCUUGAGAGCCUUGAUCGGUCUCUCGGAGGCAGCCUUUUCGCCAGGUGUCCCAUUCUUUCUCUCCUUCUUUUACAAACGGGAGGAACUUGCCUUCCGUACUGGCAUGAUAUUAUGUGCUGCUCCCCUAGCGACCUCGUUCGCCGGCUCUUUGGCCUGGUUUAUCGUCUGGAUUAGUGAAAACGGACCUAUUGCUCCAUGGCGAGCGUUGUUCUUGUACGAAGGGUUUCCCAGCAUCAUCGUCGCCUUUAUUGCCUGGGCGUAUAUCCCAGAUGGCCCCGGAAGGGCCAAAUACCUUACUCCUAGAGAGCGGAAAGUCGCUAAGCUUAGGCUGAAAACGGGCAAGCCGAGACAUGAGGCCAAAGGGGCCAGCUUCGACUGGAGAGAAGUCGGUAGAACGCUGUGUGAUACCAAGUCUUAUAUCACCGCACAUUCAGCUCUCUUCCGGUAUUCUUGCCUACAAUAUUACACGAUAGUUCUUGUCACUGCGUCCCUGUCUGAUCGCCAUCGAAGCCGCAGUUUCUACCUCAUCAUACUCGCCCUCAUCUCGUCUAUCACAUAUCUCACCAUAGCUCUCACAGGUUAUUUCCACUCCCACCUCCCUGCCUCAGUCCACAUCCUUAUCCGAUAUGUAUGCCUUUACCCAGCUGCCGCCGGGUUCUUCUCCGCCAUUACCAUUGUCAUAGCCUGGACCAUGGAUAACAAGCCUGCUGGAGAGGGUAAAGGGACCGGUAUGGCUAUCCUAAAUAUCAUUGGCCAAUGUGGCCCCCUGAUUGGCACUAGGCUGUACCCUGAUACAGACGGACCAUGGUACAUCAAGGGCAUGACGGUUUGCUCUCUGUUCAUGCUAUUAGUUGCAGUGCUUGCUUUUUCACUGAGAGUUCUACUCCAGCGGGAAAAUAGACGAGCCAUGGCUGCCGCAGCCGGCAUUGCUUCGACCGACGAAGCCGCUCUAGAUCGUGAAGAGGAUGCUAUACUCCGUGCUGAAGAGCAGGACGGAGCAGCUGAAAGACUAAUGGGACCUGGUGUUUCAAAGUCAUCGGCUGUUAUAGAGAAACCACCUCAACCUCGAUUUGUAUACAUCAUAUAA